UCUUUUGGCACCCACCAUUCUUUUACAUCUUCUCUCGCUCUUGUUUCCUUCUUUGGAGCCUGCACUGCUUCUCUGCAAUGCAGUAAGAGCAGCAUCUGUUAAAGAGAUCCUGCAGUAGUCACUGUACUUGCAAGAUUUGCCAAGAAUCCCUAAUUUUCAUAAGCAAUGACACCAAGCUCAUCAGAAUCCUUACCUAAAGAUCAUGAACCAAUGGAGAAAUGGAUGGCAUUUCCAUCUACAAACUCUCAACCAAAUCCAAACUCCAAGGAGAUCCGCGAGGAGUCAACCGAGCCUGCAAUAAGCAAAGAGAUUGUCGACAGAGCAGCAGAGUGGGGCCUAGUAGUCAGAUCAGAGAGUGGAAGAAAUUCCAACAGUGUGACAGUUGGAUUGAUGUCGGUUGGAGAGAGAGGAGGUGUGGAAUCUACUAGAACAUCAGGGGAGUCAAGUUUUGCAGUUGAGCAGAGCAUUCUAAGAGUCUCUCAGGAUUUGAAGGAUGCGCUGUCGACACUACAGCAGACAUUUGUUGUGUCGGAUGCAACAAGGCCGGAUUGCCCAAUAAUGUAUGCGAGUGCAGGGUUUUUUAGUAUGACGGGAUACUCGGCGAAGGAAGUAAUUGGACGAAACUGUCGAUUUCUUCAGGGACCAGACACGGAUCAGACAGAACUUGAAAAAAUAAGGCAAGCAGUCCGAAGUGGAAAGAGCUACUGUGGAAGGCUCUUAAACUACAAAAAGAACAGAACUCCAUUUUGGAACCUUCUUACUAUAACACCUAUAAGGGAUGAUAGUGGCAAGGUUAUCAAAUACAUAGGGAUGCAAGUUGAGGUAAGCAAGUACACGGAAGGUUUAAAUGAAAAAACAUUGCGACCAAAUGCAAUGCCAGUGUCUCUGAUCCGUUAUGAUGAACGGCAGAAGGAAAAGGCCUUGUCUUCAAUGACUGAGGUUGUCCAGACUGUGAAAAAUCGUCGUCCUCACCCACAAGAUGAACAUGAGGUUGCUGUGAAGAUUGAUAAGCCUGAGAAGUCGCCUGUCGAAUCACCUCUUGUGAAUCCUGCAGAUCCAAAAUAUUCCAAAUCUCCUCUUGUGAAUCCUGCAGAUCCAAAAUACUUCAAGUUGCCCAGUAAAAUGAGUCCGCUAGCAGACCUCAAAGGAAACUCAUCAAACAUGGGCAGUAGAAAAUCAGGACGUUCUUCGUUAAUGGGGUUAGGAGGAAGAAAGCAGAGUUCUGCAGAAAACAAUGAAAUAGCUGUGGAGCCAGAGAUCUUAAUGACCAAAGAUAUAACGCAUACCGAAAGCUGGGAACACCUCGAAAGAGAAAAAGAUAUACGCCAAGGAAUUGAUUUGGCCACAACCCUGGAGCGCAUUGAAAAGAACUUUGUCAUAACAGAUCCUAGACUUCCUGAUAAUCCUAUAAUAUAUGCAUCAGACAGCUUUCUUGAACUGACAGAGUACACGAGAGAAGAAAUAUUAGGAAGAAAUUGUAGGUUUCUUCAAGGCCCUGACACAGAUCAAGGAACUGUUUCAAAGAUAAGAGAUGCUAUAAGAGAACAAAGGGAAAUCACCGUACAACUCAUAAAUUAUACAAAAAGCGGAAAGAAAUUUUGGAAUUUGUUUCACUUGCAGCCUAUGCGUGACCAGAAGGGUGAACUUCAAUACUUCAUCGGCGUACAACUUGAUGGAAGCGACCAUCUGGAGCCACUUAGGAAUCGCCUCUCUGAGACCACAGAGAUGCAGAGUGCUAAAUUGGUUAAAGCUACAGCUGAGAAUGUUGAUGAAGCAGUUCGAGAGCUGCCUGAUGCCAACUCGAGACCAGAGAAGUUGUGGGCAGUCCAUUCACAACUUGUCUUCCCAAAGCCCCACAAGAAGAGCAAUUCUUCAUGGUUAGCAAUCCAAAAGAUUACAAGGCAAGGUGAACAGAUAAGCUUGAAGCAUUUCAGGCCUAUAAGACCAUUAGGUUGUGGUGAUACUGGAAGUGUACAUUUGGUGGAACUACAAGGUACCGGAGAACUAUUUGCAAUGAAGGCAAUGGACAAAUCAGUAAUGUUGAGCCGAAAUAAGGUGCAUCGAGCAUGCAUUGAGAGGGAGAUUUAUUCCCUAUUGGAUCAUCCUUUUCUUCCAACAUUAUACACUUCUUUUCAGACCACAACACACGUUUGUUUAAUAACAGACUUUUGCCCUGGAGGAGAGCUGUUUGCAUUGCUAGAUAGGCAACCUAUGAAGAUUUUCAAAGAGGAUGCUGCAAGGUUCUAUGCUGCUGAAGUCGUAAUCGGUCUGGAAUAUCUUCAUUGUCUAGGAAUAAUAUAUCGAGAUCUGAAGCCUGAAAACAUUUUACUUCAGAAGGACGGUCAUGUUGUGCUGACUGACUUUGAUCUUUCUUUCUUGACAUCAUCCAAACCACAAGUGAUCUUACCUCCAUCGCCAGCAAGGAGAAAGAGAUCCAGAGACCAGUUUCAUCCAAUCUUUGUCGCGGAACCAAGCACACAGUCGAACUCAUUUGUAGGCACAGAAGAGUACAUAGCUCCGGAAAUAAUUACAGGAGCAGGACAUAGCAGUGCCAUUGAUUGGUGGGCUCUUGGAAUACUACUAUAUGAGAUGUUAUAUGGCCGUACACCUUUCCGGGGGAAGAAUCGCCAAAAGACAUUUUCCAAUAUUUUGCACAAGGACCUGACUUUUCCUAGUAGCAUACCAGCUAGUCUUCAAGCCAGGCAGUUAAUACAUGCCCUUCUGCAUAGAGACCCUGCUAACAGAUUGGGAUCAGAUAAUGGGGCUAAUGAAAUUAAACAACAUCCCUUCUUUCGUGAUAUCAACUGGCCACUUAUCCGUUGCAUGACUCCUCCGGAGUUAGAUGCUCCUCUUGAACUAAUUGGGAAGGAACCUUUGUCUGGUGCAAAUGACAUGCAGUUGGAUGAUGAAGAAAUGCUCAUUCAGACAUUAGAAGCGUUAUGAGGUGAGGUUCAGGAAAUUCAGCGAGAAUGAAUUAUCAGAUAAAAUGCAUGCCAAUCAUGUACAGCAAAGAAUAACAGUGUAUGUUGUCGUUGCAGCGGCAUUUUGCAGGCUUCAAAUGGUGAAAGUUAAAAUUAAAUGAUAGAGUUGUGGAUUUUCCUAACACCCAUUUCAGAGUUCAAGCAUCCUCAAUCACUUUCGGAGCGAGAAAUUAAUUUGUGUAGAAACUAGAAAGUGCAGAAUAUGAACUACUUUCAGGCGAAUUUAUCAGAGUAAAUAUGUUAUUGAAUAUCUUCGUACAUGUAUGAAAGAGAAUAUAUGUAACUGCAUAAUGAAUAAAGUCUCAUGGUUAUUAUUGAGUACUUCAAUGACAUGUCUAGUUCAUUA